GAUAACUUCGCUGGAGUUCACCCGUUCUUCAUGAAUCCCAAAGGAGACGGAACAGCAUGGGGAGUUCUCAUCCUCAACAGCAACGCGAUGGAUUACACGGUGACAUCGGGCGGAAACAUCGCCAUUGCGACCACGGGCGGCAUCCUGGACCUUUACUUCUUCGUGGGAUCCACACCCGCUCAGGUGGUUCAACAAUACCAAAAGCUCGUCGGUCUUCCCUUCAUGCCCCCGAUCUGGGCUCUGGGUUAUCAAGUGUGGAUGACCGAACUACACGUCGCUCAACGAGGUUAGGGGCGCGGUGACAGCACUGGACCAAGCAGGCCUGCCCAAGGACAUGAUCUGGCUGGACGUAUUCCAAGAUUCGAAGGCAUUCACUCUGAACUCCGCUUUCGGCGGCCUUCAGACCUACGUCCGGCAACUGGCGAGCGCGGGCGUUCAAGUGGGCCUGGUCACAAAUCCGGCCAUUCCUGCCGACAACGUAACGCGGUACGCCCCCUACACAACGGGACUUGAAGAUGACGUGUUCGUUAAAGAGAGGGUCAGGAACGAGCGGUUCUGACCCUAACGCUGUACUUUAUGCAAAGGGGCUUCCGUCGGGACCUUCGGCAUUCCCGGAUUUCCUGAAAAACUCCACCAGGCAGUGGUGGAGGAAUACGAUCCUAGACUACCAGGAAUCCACGGUUGACUUUGACGCGAUGUUCCUCAGGAUGAAUGAACCAGCCGAGUUCAGCGGAUCCGCUUCCUGCCAACAAAACGACGUAUGGUGCCAAGUGUGUCCUCAGAGUCGGUGGGAAUACCCGCCGUAUGUGCCUGUCGCCUACAGGACCGAAGAAGGCAACGCAACGCAGCUUCACAACGGAACCCUCUGCAUGAACGCGGCGUUUGGCGAACGGCUGCGGUACAGACACUACGAUGUUCACAGCAUCUACGGCUGGAGCCACAGCUCGGCAACGCAAUGGGCUCUGACCGAUCUGAUCGGCGACAGGACCCUCGUGAUUUCAGAGUCGACGUACCCUUCGACAGGCCGGUAUGCGGGUCAUCUCGUCGAACUGCCAGACUUCGGAGAGUGGUCGGGCCUACGGAGAGCCAUUGUGGCUGUCCUGGAAUUCAACAUGUUCGGCAUCCCCUAUGUUGGAGUUCCCCUAUGUUCGGGCACCAGUUCGACACUAUUGUGCCAGCGAUGGAUUGAAAUGGGUGCUUUCUUUCCUCUUGGGCUCGACUUCAGGAUGAAGCGAUCAAGCGCAGACACGCUUCCCAUGACACCGGCAGCUCCUUGAAGCGGUCUCCAUGAGAUACAGUCUACUUGCCUGUUCUGUACACGCUUUUCUUCAGGGUCAGCCUCAGCGGUGGAACGGUCGUGAGACCCCUGUUCU